GUUGUGCAACAAUCUGCAUCAGUCCUCACCCAGCUAAAAACUCCAAGGUCCAACUCUAAAGUUAACCAUCUGUCCCAAACGCAGACAGUCCUCUCCGACGGGUCGCCAGAUUAGUAACUGAUCAUCACAAAAUAAAGAUGGGAGACUGGGGAUUCCUGUCGACUUUGCUGGACAAGGUCCAGUCCCACUCCACGGUCAUCGGGAAGAUCUGGAUGAGCGUCCUCUUCCUGUUCAGGAUCAUGGUCCUGGGAGCGGGCGCUGAGAACGUUUGGGGGGACGAGCAAUCGGGCUUCCUCUGCAACACUCAGCAACCUGGUUGUGAGAACGUCUGCUACGACUGGAUCUUCCCCAUCUCGCACAUUCGCUUCUGGGUCAUGCAGAUCAUCUUCGUCUCAACGCCAACGCUGGUCUACUUGGGCCACGCCGUGCACGUCAUCCACCAGGAGAAUAAAAUGAGGGAGCGCAUGUUGAGCCCUGGGGGGUCCCGACUGAACAAAAUGCCCAAAUACACGGACGAAAAGGGGAAGGUGACGAUCAAGGGGAAUCUUCUGGGGAGCUACCUCACGCAACUAAUCGUCAAGAUCAUCAUCGAGAGCGCCUUCAUUAUUGGCCAGUACUACCUGUACGGCUUCAUCAUGGUGCCCAUGUUCCCCUGCUCCAAGAAGCCCUGCCCCUUCACCGUGGAGUGCUACAUGUCCCGCCCCACGGAGAAGACCAUCUUCAUUAUCUUCAUGCUGGUGGUGGCCUGCGUCUCCCUGCUGCUCAACUUCAUCGAGGUGUUCUACCUGCUCUGCACCAGGGUCAGGUGCGGCUCCCGGCGUCACACUCACAAGAUCACCUCAGCGGAAAACCCUGCCAGCCUGUCGGGCACAAAAAGGCAGACCAUAGAAGACGCACUGAUGCAGAACAAGAUGAACAUCGAGAUGGAGAACAGCCAGAGCAUGGGGGGAAGUAUGGAUGGAGCCAAAGAGGAGAAACGGCUGCUGAGUGGACAUUAAAAAACAUUAUGAUGCAUUAAAUGCUUGUUUUAGGUUUCUGGUUCCUUUUUCAGAUACAUCUAAAAGACUCAAGUACAAUAGGGUGUACAUAUCAUAACACAACAACAACAACAACAACAACAACAACAACAACAACAACAACAAGGAAAAGCACGUUUAAUGUGUAGUUAAGAAAUGUUCUUGCUGAGUCUGCAUAAAUCCAUGUUUUGUAGGGGCACUUUGUUAGAAUGUUACAUGUAUUUUUUAUUAUUUAACAGGAAAUCUAAUGAUGGAAAAUGUGCAAUUUUGAUGAUGUCUUUAUGCUCUUAGAUACCCACUUGUUAAUCUGUUAGUGAGCAGAGUUUUGUCCUUGCCUAGUUUUGUCCUGUAAGUUAUUGCCAUGUAUCCAAAACGAUUAAUUUGCUCACUGAUAAACAAUGAUUAUGAUGUCGAUGAUUGUGGUGAAAAAGUGUUUCCACUGAAACAUGUUUAUGUGCUAUGUUGUUUUUAAUAAAUUAUUGAGGUUGGAUUGAAGAAAAA